AUGGGAGAUGACGUAGUGUGGAGCCCUGAAGUGAAGAUGGUCAUGAAUAAUAUUCUUACGCGUCAUAAAGGUACUAUGAUCGGCAUCGCAAGGGGAGUCCUCGAAUUCCAAGAGAGCGUUCGAGCACAGUACGACGCCAGAUGUACUCUCCUACACACCCGAGAAAGCGUACCGGCUAUUACGGAGAUCGAGCGGAAAUUGGAUGAUUUCUUUUCCACUAGGAUUUCCUGCAGGUUGAUCAUUUCUCACAAUGCCGUGAGAGCUUCAGUUGAAAAAGCUUUGUUCGAUAAUGGCGGUGACUAUCAGCGAUGCUCAAACGCUGGAUUGCCCCCGGUAGCAGUGACCUUGCCGGACCUCUCCUCAAUGUGGGAUUCCGAGAGGACCAUCAAAAUCGCCGAUCGAGGUUACGGUAUGAAACGCGAGAUUUUGAAAAAGGCGAGUUCGUAUUUUUAUUCGUCGGCGAGUCAGAAGCCAGACGGCACGCAGGAACUCCCCGAUUUUGAUUCGCGCGCGCCCCUGGCUGGUUUUGGUUUUGGUCUGCCAAUUUCUACGGUCAUGGCCAGGUGAGGUUAGGGUAUGGGUAUUUUGGAGCGAAUCUGUUGUGUGGUAUAUUUGUGUGGCUGAUCAUAGUUAUAGUAUGAUAAGUAUAGUUAUAGUUAUCAUAGUUCUUCUUAUAGUUUAUCUCUUAAAAUUUCGCAAUAACUGAGGAAAAUUCUAAUAUCAUAUGAGAACUUUUCUCAGUUAAUGGGAAAUUUUUAGUUGGUAAUAUGGCAUGGAUGAAGUGAUAGCUCGAAAGGAGAUCAGAUUUGACAUACUUCAUGAGUGUACUCUUGCAGGUACUUUGAUGGUGACUUGGAAGUUAACAGCAUACCAGGAGCCGGUAAGACUAUUGCUACUUCACUAGACAGUGGAGUUUCACCUGUUUUACGUGAAGUGAUGCUGUGAAGAACGCGAUAUUCGCGCUAUGCGGUAGUCGUGAAGUAUAUAUUUCACUAGUGUUCUUGAUAUCACAGGUGAAAUACCAAUGUAUAUGUAUCGUCAUUUUCAGGCACGGACGUUUAUAUUUACCUGUGAUCUCCUCAAUGGACCAUCGAAGAUUUGCAAGCUUGCGAUCCUAAGUGAUCAUUUUUUUUCUUUCAUACAGUCCCUCGUUGUAAACCGCAGAGUCGAAAACACCCUUAUAGUUAAGUUUUACUUGUGGGAUGAAUCUUCCUGCAUUCGGCUCUU